AGCGCCAAUGCAUACGUCGGCGCAACGGUGAAAGGAGGGACAGGGAGCAGAAGCGAGCAAGGAAAGAGAAUAACGAGAGAAGAGGAGCUUAAUUCGAUUGUAAACUUCCCAAGCCUAUCUUCACUUCAGCAGAAGAGCCUCUGCGAGGUCUUGUUCGGUAUCGGAAGCCACUUGAGCUGUACACCUGAAUUGCUUCAACCAUGGCCUUAAAGGCCAUGCACGGAGCUCUUAUCAUAAUUGCGAUCAUGUAUUGUUGUGUUGGUUCUAUUAAUGCAGACUUGACGGCGAGACUUGUGGAUGACUCUGAUAACAUGGCGAACAUUGUUGGGGCAAGGGAGACUCAAGAGUUGGUCGAUUACAAACUCCGUCAGGUUCAGGCCAAGCGAAAUGAGAUAGCAGAAAAGAAUGAGAAAGCUAAGAAAGUUGAAGAAGAAACAUACAAGGAGUAUGCCAAAGCCGCCCAGAAGGCAGCAGAAGCAGCCAAUUUAAAGAGACAUCUCAAGGAGAAGUUUGAAAUAGACUCUCAGAUUGUCUCAGAAAAGAAAGCUGUAGCAGACAAGGCGGAAAAGAUCGCAAAAGCAAUGGAAGCUUUGGCUGCCAAGGCCACAGGGGAAUUCAACGAGGCGAAAAAGACUAAAAUGACAGUGGGAGAAAAGUAUAAGACCUCAUUAGAGCUAGUGAAAACUACUUCAAGCGCCAAGAAAUCUGCGGAAGAGGCGAGAUUCUCGUCUGAGGAAGCUGCUCAAAAGACAGCAAAGGAGCUUUCUAGGGCUGACCAGGAAGUGAGAACCCUUCUCCAGAAACACACAAAGCUGGAGGAGAUCGCUCUGUCGGAGGAUAAGAAGCAAACGACUCGCCUUGCCGAUGCAUUCAAGCAGGAUGCUGCUCGCCAGAAGGCGUUCCGACAGGCCCUGGCAAAAGCGAGACUUGCGGAGAAGGCGCAAAGAAAGCAAGCUGAGCUGGAGAGG